CUCAAGUGAACACCAUGGUGGAACAGGGCAAAGAGCAAGAGACCAAGGACUUCCAUCCGGCGCCCGUUUGGCUAGAUGCAUCCUAUCUAGAGCCCCUGCUGAGAGAUUUGAAGAAGGAUCCCGGCCUGAGAAUCACCGGGCUAGAGAUCAAGCCCGCCACCGCCAAGGGUGAUAACUAUGCCAGUGUUAUGACCCGCGUCAAGGUUCUCUUCCUGCGAUCGUCGUCCAAAACUCCGGAAAUUGAAUUCUAUAUUGUGAAGACCACGUACGAGAAUGAUCCGUUUGCCUCAGGCAUAUUCUCCAAGUACCAGGUCAGCACCACGGAGAUGCUGAUGUACGAGAAGGUGCUGCCCCAGUUGAACGCCCUCAUCGAAGAGACGCGCCAGCCGGAGAAGCUCUUCGCCACCACUUUGCAUGUGGACUACGAGCACGAGGCCAUCAUUUUCGAAGAUCUGGCUGUGAGCAAGCAUGUGCUAGCCGAUCGCCUCAUAGGAUUCGAUCUAAAACACACCCGCUUGGGACUCCGAAAACUGGCCAAAAUGCAUGCGGCCGCCGCUGUCCUAAAUGAACGAAAGCCCGGUAUACUGACCAAGUUCGAUCGUGGCAUUUUUAACCGUCACACGAAAGGCUUUGCACCCUUCUUCGAAAAUAUGUGUGAUGUGGCAGCAGACUUUGCAGCCACAUGUCCCGAGCUGGGAGAUCACUACGCCCUGAAGCUGAGGGAGGUGCGAAAGCGAGUGAUGGAGUACUCCACGCGGGUCUACGAUCCUCAGCCGGGUGAGUUCAACACCCUGGUGCACGGCGAUUAUUGGGUAAACAACGUGAUGAUGCGCUACGGAGAGAGGAAGGAACCCCUGGACAUGAUCCUCAUCGACUUUCAGUUCUGCAGUUGGUCCUCACCAGCAGUGGACCUGCACUACUAUUUCAAUACCUCGGUGCAAAGCGCCAUUCGGUUUGAGCGACAGGAGGAGCUGAUUCAGUAUUACCACACCGUGCUGGUGGAGACGCUGGAGGAUCUCAAAUUUGUCGGAUACACGCCCACCCUGCGACAGCUGGUCUUGCAGCUGGAAAAGGGUCGAUUUUUCGCCGUCACCGUAUCCCUGGUCUGCCAGGCCAUUUUGACGAACGACCAGACAGAAGACGCCGAUUUCAAUGCCUUGAUGAAGGACGAUGAGCGAGGAAGGAACUUUAGGAAAGUGUUGUAUGCCAACAAGAGGCUGCAGGAGAAUCUGAAACACAUGCUGCCACGCUUCGACAGGAGUGGUCUUCUAGAUGUCAUCGACUGAAAGGAAGUUAUCAAUUAUACUUAAACUAUAUAUGGAAUAAUUGUUUUAUAUGGUUUCGUAAAAUUUAAGAGUAAGUUUAUUGAAAUGUCUACUUGUUGUUUAAUGAAUUUUAAGAAAAUAAUGUUUACUACAACUUAAACUUAAUAACAAAAAGUUUUUAAUAUUUCAUAAAACUCUUAUGAUCAAAUUAGGUAAGCAUAGAGUCACAAAAGUGAAAAUUUUCGAGCAAAUAUAUUUAAUUGUUAAAUAUUAAAUUUUCUCAACCGUCUCACUUAA